UGUAUUGCUAAUACUGCUGAUUUUUAACGAUUAAUAUCGGUAAUUGAUUGUUUUAGAUUGAAGUGAAAUGUCUGUAGUUAAAGCGAUGUGGGAUCAUGCUUCAGUAGAUGUAUGGAUUUAUCUCCAAUUAAUAAUAUUUCUUUCAGUCUUCUAUUUUUUUUAUCUAUUCAAAGAUAAUAUUAAAAUAAUUUAUUUUAUUUUGUCACUGAACGGACCACCAGCUCUUCCAUUUUUAGGAAACAUUAAUUACAUAUUCGACAAACAUUUACUUUUCAAGAUGUCUCACUUUGCCUACCAAUUAUACGGUCCCGUGUUUCGUAUCUGGUUGACAAUUUUUCCAUUUGUUGUAAUCCUGGAACCAGAAGAUAUACAGAAAGUCCUCGGGAAUCCUCGGCACGUUUCAAAAGGAUUUUUGUACAACCUUUUACAUAAUUUUUUAGGCAAGGGCUUAUUGACAAGUGAUUCAGAGACUUGGAAGAGCCAUAGAAAAAUUAUACAACCAGCCUUUCACUUAAACGUCUUGGAUAAAUUUAUUGAGUCUUUCAAUCACUCGGCGCGUAAGUUGGUCGAGAGCUUUUUGAGUGCAGGUGAUUGCACUAACAUAACUUAUCUGGUCAAUGACUGCGUAUAUGAAGUUUUAAACGAAACGAUAAUUGGCAAUGAAAGACAACCUGGCAGUAAAUUAUUAAAUAGUAAAGACUCACCAUUCAGGCAGGGACAAAUAUCACUAUUUUAUCGUCUAAGUCAUCCUUGGCUCAUAUUUAAUUACUUCUACAAAAAAACUGAAAUGGGCAAACGUGAAGAUAAGCAUUACGAAGCUUUAUUUAAGGCCUGUAAAAAUAAAAUUAAUGAAACCAAACAACCAAAUGAUGACAAAAAUAAAAAUAAAAAAACAUCUCUUCUUGAAUUUAUGGUGAAGAUAAAAUCCACUUAUCCAGAAUUUAGAGAGCAAGAUAUAAUUGAUGAGUGCUGCACAUUCAUGCUCGCUGGUCAAGACUCCGUGGGUUCGACGAUUGCGAUGACGCUUUUCAUGUUUGCUAAGUACCCCAGAUGGCAAAAUAUCUGUGUAGAAGAGAUGAAUGAAAUAUUUGGCAACGAUUCUAGAGAUCCAACAUUAAAAGAUCUUCGGGAUAUGAAAAAUUUGGAGAUGUUUAUUAAAGAAACGAUGAGACUUCAUCCCAGUGUACCUUUGAUUGGUCGUGUUCUUGGAGAGGAUAUUAAAAUAGGUAAACAUAUCAUUCCAAAAGGAUGUUCGGUACUUAUAUUUCCACAGUCAACUCACAGGCUGUCCCAUCAUUAUCUGAACCCUCAUGAAUUUGAUCCUGAACAUUUUAAUCCAGAUCGCUCUGUUAGAAGACAUCCUUAUGCGUAUUUAGCGUUUAGCGCGGGGCCUAGAAAUUGUAUUGGAAAUAAAUUCGCAUUGCUUGAAAUGAAAUCAAUAAUUAGUAAAGUACUGAGACAUUGUCAACUGGAGUUAGUCCCAGGUAAAGAAAAAGUAGUAACUAAAUUCCGAGUAACUGUGCGUGCCAAGGGUGGUAUUUUUAUAAAAAUAAUUCCUAGAAUACAAUCACACAAUUCUUAAAAAUUUUUACAAUGUAUAUGUAUCAUAUAUCAUAAAUCAUAUUCUGUUUUGUAAGUUUUAUUUUCACAAUAAAAAUUUUUCGAUAAAUUAUUUAGUUUUAAGCGUUUAAAUU